CAAGUGCAUUGAUGCUGUCCAAUAACGUCUCUCCGUCCGCGCAGCUCCACGGAUCCCUCUGGCUGAGCUUUUUCACCACAGAAAACCAACAUUAAACUUUCAAACGAGUCCGUUUCAACUCACAAAUCUGCGUCGCGAGCGCUUUAUUUCGAUCACGUGCUAUUAAAUCACCUAAGGGAGAGUUCGGGGCACGCAGUUCGUGGAAAGUUUUUCGGUCCCGGUAGAUCUUUGGCUACGGGGUUUGUUUCGCUUUUUUUUUACUACUAUGUAGUUUCGCAUUCAUCGACGGGCUGUCCAACGAUUUCCGAUGAGUUAAUAUGAGUGAUUCUCUGGACCUUGAACUGUUGGAGGAGUUACUCGCGGCUUGCGAACACAUUCAAGCCGCACAAGUGUUGUGACACCGGGCUAAGACGCCACUCAAGAACUAUGAUAAAGGCUCCUUCGUCUGGCUCACUUGUCUCCUCUCAUAGCAAUGAUUCUUUCAAAGAGGAGCGGCAGAUGAAUCCCAAGCCUAGCUGUGGUGACCAGGUCCAGCCUGUCAUAUCCAAGCCAUGCUGUGAGGAGAACAGACUUAACAGACUGAAUUCUCAGGCCCAGUCCGUUCCUGUGAUUGCUGGUGGGCAGGCCAAGCCGUACCCCUCUAGGGUUGUAUGUCUGUUUUCCACCCAGACAAAAUGUGAGGAUAAUGCUGCUCCAAAAGGUCCAGCUGUCAUGCCCCAGGCAUGGUCUGGACUGGCUAGCUUUCGCGCCGUGGGAUCUUUCAAAAAACUGCGGUCUUCUGUGCUCCAAGGAAUCCAGAACAGGAGCAAUGCUAUGGCAGCUGGACAGGAGAGAAAUCUUUCCACAGUGGUCAAUGAGGAUACCAAUGGUUUCUUUGUAACCAAGCGAAAUGUCACAACCAACGAGAGGACAUGUACGGAAAUUGAUAAAGUGUCAAACGGUACAUCCCAAAGUAGCAAAACAUCACUUCUGGAUGAAGAUGAAGAUUGUGAGGUGGAAGAAGUUUUUCAGAAGAAUUCACAUUUUUCAAGAAGUAUCCGCAGGGCUUAUGGACCGGGGCGCAUCCCGUUGGUUGACAUAGUGCAGAGACAACCAGAGUGCCCAUCUACCAGUGAGCCCAUCACGGAAAAGUCUGCUUUACCUUGCAAAGUCCUUGAAGCUCAAGUAAAUGUCAAGGUUCAGAGUAAACUGAGCAAAAGUGCAGAAAAUCUCUACGUCUUCAAGAGUCAUUUUAGACGCAAAGUUACCGCAACUGAGACUCAAAACCCAGAUAGCUCUGAUACUACAAUUCUUCAGAGGACCACCAGCUCCUCAUCCGUUGACUUGCAGAACCAUGGUUCCAGUAAACGGCAAAGUCCCAUGAGAACGCGGGGACAUCUGCGAAAUCUUGUUGGCAGUUUAACGGACCUGUCUGUCAAAAGUAAAAGCUCUCAAGUGCCACAGUCACCUCUAAGUCAGCUCCAUGACGAGUACUCCCGCAGAACGCCUUGUGUUAGCUCAACAGGGCGUCAACCCAGACCUUCACCUGCACCCAGCAAUGCCCAGCAGGGAACGCAGGUCAACAUUCACCAACACAUGCCAACUUUGCACCCCGCUCCCUCCUGUCCUGCCUUCUUUACCUCCGUCCUAGAUGACUCUUUGGAGCCUCCUAGCAAAACAACAGCCCUCAUGAGUGACUGUAUGCAUGUGGCUAAAUCUUCAACAGAUUUCGCCUCAGUUUGUUUGCUGGAAAGGUACUGUGAACCUAUGGAGUGCCAUCAAAAUGGAGCAAAUUACCACGUCUCUCAAACGCUCGCUCGGUGUUCAAGCCCCAGUCAAAAGGAGACGAUCAAUAGCAAUAACACGGAGUGUUUAUGGAAUUCUGCACAGAGAGAAACGGACGACUCGGAGGCUGCUUCAUCUGAAGAAGUUUUAAAAGCUCUUUUGAAAACAAGGGAUGAGAACUCCUGUGCUACACAAUCCCCACUGCUAACCACUCCAACAACACCAAACUCUCCAUCUUGUGCCGGUGACUCGUCCACUUCUGUAGUGCCCAGGAAAAGGGCUGGUCGCUCCAGACCUCGGCCAGUGUCUGACUAUGGCCAGCUGGACAGAUCAAAGUUCUGCAUCCCAGAGGACAAAGAGCCUGAGGUUAUGGACUACACUUCCCAGAAGGACUACAAUAGCAAUGGGAGCUACAUUGAGAAUGACAGAAAGGAGAAUGGUGAUGUCUGUACUCAAAGCCAGAGCAGAAAGAGGCGUCCCAUCUCUGUUAUUGGAGGAGUGGAUUUGUUUUCUGCCCCAGCAGCUGAGCAGAAGGAAGAUGCUGAAAGUUUGCCAUCGCCGGUUUCUCGUCCUCCAAUACCUUCUCGUGGAGUCCCUCCAUACCGGGCCGUAUCUGCCCGUCUGAGACCCUGCGUCUUCUCCCAAAGCACACCCAUCGGCCUGGAUAGAAUGGGACGACGCAGAGCUCGCAGAGUGCUCAGUGAUGGUAGCUCUAAUCCAAUGUUGGAUGACAGCAUCAGUGAAGAGGACGGCAGCUUUGAAGAGCUGACUGAAGUAACGCCCUACCUCCAACCGGAAGCCGACCUUUUCACACUCAAUCAGUACAUAAACGCAGGCCAUGCCGUGUAUGCCGAGGCCUUGUGGGACCAUGUCACAAUGGAAGAGCAGGAGCUGGCCUUCAAAGCCGGGGACGUGAUACGGGUCCUGGAUGUUGGGGAGAAGGAUUGGUGGUGGGGGAUGGUGGGUGACCGUGAGGCGUGGUUCCCCUCCAGCUUUGUGCGGGUACGGGUAAAUCAGGAAGAUUCCAGCAGUGACAGUGUGGAGAACACACUGGAGGAAGAGUCGGCCCCCUCGGACACAUACAAACAAAACACUCAUCACCGGGAACAGAUGAGAGCAAAUGUGGUCAAUGAGAUAAUGGACACAGAGCGUGUUUACAUAAAGCAUCUCAAAGAUAUCUGUGAGGGAUAUAUUCGUCAGUGUAGGAAGAACCCUGCCAUGUUCACAGUUGCACAGCUAAAGACAAUCUUCAGCAACAUCGAGGACAUCUACAAGUUCCAGAGAAUGUUUCUCAAGGACCUAGAAAAGAAAUACAAUGCGGAAAACCCUCAUCUGAGUGAAAUCGGCUCCUGCUUUCUACAACAGGGGGAAGGUUUCUCUAUAUACUCCGAGUACUGUAACACUCACCCAGCAGCGUGUACUGAAUUACAUCGUUUAAUGAAACAAGGAAAAUACAAACACUUUUUUGAGGCGUGUCGACUCCUACAGCAGAUGAUUGACAUCUCCAUCGCCGGCUUCUUACUCACACCUGUACAGAAGAUCUGUAAAUACCCUCUCCAACUAGGAGAGCUGCUAAAAUUCACACCACAAGACCACAGUGACUAUUCGGGGGUGUGUGACGCACAUACAGCAAUGAAAAAUGUGGCGAGUCUGAUAAAUGAGAGGAAAAGACGUCUUGAGAGCAUCGACACCAUCGCUCACUGGCAAGUGUCCAUUCUACACUGGGAGGGAGAUGAUGUGUUAACACGGAGCUCUGAGCUCAUCCACUCAGGCGAGCUGACACGGAUGGUACGGCCCGGUAAGACGCAGCAACGCAGCUGCUUCCUGUUUGACCACCAGCUGGUGUUCUGUAAGAAAGACGUCCUACGGAGAGACCUGCUACAUUACCGUGGUCGUCUAGACUCAGAUCACCUCGAACUAAUUGACCUGCCCGAUGGGCGGCACCACGAUCUAGGCUUACUGAAGAACGCCUUCCUCCUGCGGCAUUCAGAGAACCUGGAGGUGUUAAGUGUACUUUGCUGCAGAAAGAACCAGGAUAAGCAGCGAUGGUUGCAAGCGUUUGAGCGAGAGCGCAGACGUGUACAGGAGGACCAAGAGAUGGGGAUGGAGAUUAGCGAGGCUCAGAGGAAGCAAGCAGUUCAGAACGCUAGGAAAUCUAAACAAGGCAAAAUGAAAAAAAUGAAUUAUUCCAGUCACCCUGUGCCUCCCCACCAUCAGCCGCUACAUCCUCUCCAUCAGCGACACGUGACCGUGCCAACCAGCAUCCCGCAGCAGCAGGUCUUCUCUUUAGCAGAGCCGAAGAAAAAACCUGUUCACCUGUGGUACUCGUUCGCACGCAGCGCCUUCUUCAAAAAAUGAUGAAAAAGAAACGCUUUUCGACACUCAAACAUGAUUGUUUUCCAUAGCGAUGAUGUGGAGAUUCAUAAACGAUGCAAUAGUACAGGACUAAACUGGAUUGCUGUUUUCCAAUGCAUACAAAUGUAUAUUUAUAUACAUGUAAGUAGGUAUGUGUGUUUUGAAUGUGUGUGUGAGAUGGUUUUAUGAAGGAACGAUGGUGGAUGGGGAAAGAAAUGAUGUUUAGUGUUAGUGCAGAAAGUGUUAUUCCUGUCAACUUACUACUAUGGUCAAAAAGAGCUGCUCUGGCAAGUUUUCCCAUCCUUGCCACCUUACCCAAAUGUGUGUCUGUCACGACAAUGAUUUAUCUUCAGCUUCUAACAAUGUGUCUGUAUAUUUUAUUGCUUUAUCAAAGGCUGGUGCCUUUUUAAGAAAGCGAACGCAAACAUGUAUCAUGUUUAAAUAAAUGUACACAGUUGUGUUUAAA